CCCCGUGGGGCUGCUGCAUGUGGACGCUCACAUGGACACGGCUGACAAGGCCCUCGGAGAGAAGCUCUAUCACGGGACGCCCUUCCGCCGCUGCGUGGACGAGGGUCUCCUGGACUGUAAGCGCGUGGUGCAGAUCGGCAUCCGGGGCUCCGCCAUGACCUUGGAUCCCUACAGAUACAGCCGGAGCCAGGGCUUCCGGGUGGUCCCGGCUGAAGACUGCUGGAUGAAGUCCCUGGUUCCUCUGAUGGGGGAGGUGAGGCAGCAGGUGGGCGGCAGACCCAUUUAUAUCAGCUUUGACAUCGACGGCUUGGAUCCUGCCUAUGCCCCAGGGACAGGCACCCCUGAAACUGCCGGGCUCACCCCUAGUCAGGCGCUGGAAAUCAUCCGGGGUUGUCAAGGCCUGAACGUGGUGGGUUGUGAUCUUGUGGAAGUUUCGCCGCCCUACGAUCCUUUUGGAAACACGGCCCUUCUGGCGGCUAACCUGCUGUUUGAGAUGCUGUGUGCUCUCCCCAAAGUGACGGUCGUCUGAACCUUGUGCUCUCCCCAAAGUGACGGUCAUCUGAACCUUGUGCUCUCCCCAAAGUGACGGUCGUCUGAACCUUGUGCUCUUCAAGAUACAACAGGUUGUGCUGAUGACAAUUCUCAAGAAUUUAUGUGCAAGCAGUCUGAGUACUCAAAGAGUUUAUGCCAGUAAAACUUUCCACUAAACAGUGUCCCCGGGGCCUAUAAAACCAGGGCAUUCAGUAGAACUCUAAUCCAACAGCUAAUAUUUCUAUGGAGUUUGAAUGAACUAAAAACAGAGAAGCACUUGUGUUGUUUUGAUGAAAGAUGCUGGAGGAUUAAGGGGAAAAGGGAGCCAAGGAGCAUUUGGUUCAAGAUGAUCUAAAAAUUGGAGAAGUGAAAUAAAAAAGCCCUAGGACAUAAUCCUGCAUAAACAUCCCAUAUCUAGUUUCUUCCUUCACACUGUGGCUUCUCCUGAGGAACUCAGGGCUGCAUCUGGGUUUUAGGACCACUGUGAACCUAAACAAAAAGUCUGAAUGAAAGUAACAUGCAGAUCCUGAUAAAGAAACUUCCCACUCAAAAGCCCAGGAGGGUGCACAGAAUGUCUUUUCAACCAGACAUCAGGUGGCCUCCAAAGAGCCCUUGGUGACCCUUCCUAACCCACU